AUGGCCACCUUGAUCGUGUCGGGCGUGACGUCUUCUGGCGUCCCGAUCGUCACCGGAUCCAUCAUCAGCCACGGCACGUCGACCGCCCGUGUGCAUCACGUCAACUCCAGCAGCAAGUUCGAGGCGGAAUCCUGGGACGGCGAACACGCCGACCACGACUUUGCAGAUGAUCAUCACCACGCCGCGCACCACGAAUCCGUCCUGGCCGUCCCCGAAUCUCACAGUCCUCACAAGAAGAUGUUCGAGACGGCGGAGGAGCACGACGACGAGGCUCCGCCCAUCGCAAGCAGCGCGCAGUUCGAGCGCAAUCGCAGUGCUUCCCUGGCCGCCGCCCUGUUGGAGCUCGACCCGCGAGGCGUUCCCCUCGUCCAGUUCUUCAAGCUCGCCACUGAGCAACCUUUCCUGGAAGCCGAGGAGGACGACGACACGGAGGAGCAUCACCACGUCGUCGAGCCCAGCGAUUCUGAACUCGUCGUCACGCAGCUGCUCUUCACGCUCAAGCAGCUCAAGAUGACGGCGCCCAAUAAGCAUGCCGACGCGAUCAACCGCCUCCGGGAGCUGGAGGAGGAGUUGAGAGCCGCCGGAGCGGUAACGCCGGCCGACCCGGCCAUCUCGGAAGCCGUCGCCAGGGCUCUGGCCGUCGCUGGAGCUGGACGAGAUGUCCAGAUCCGCGUCAAUCAGAGCAAGCACACGACGACGACCAAGACCGUCUACGAGACCGAGACUCCUGGCAUGGUCGGCGUCGACACUGAUAAAAUCCGAGACCUUCAUCAGCAGAUCCUGUCUUCCAUUUGUGAGAAUUAAAAAUGAAUACUUGAAAAAUGAGUCCUUUAUCCGCCAUAAAAUACAAUCGAAACUUUAUGCUUCUUCAAUUUUUCAGGGUUUUUGAAUUUUCUUCGGAAACUUAUCAAUACUAACUCCUUGGAAAGUUCAAUUUAUUGUUCGGAAUUUUGGAGAUUUCCUAAAUUUUUCAUUGAAAAUCACCCAUCGUUUCAAAAAAAAAAAUUCCGACCUACUUAUCAAGUUUUUUAAAGCUUCUUAUCAAACUUAUCACUGUAAAACUUUAAAUUAGCUUUUUCUCACUGUAAAAUUUGACCUUUUUGCUCAAAAAUGGUGAAAAUUUUAUAUUUUCCGAAAUUUAUCCUUUGAAACUCACUCCCCAACGCUAGAAUAGCUGCUCCCACUGUAAAAAAAUCCAAGCUUUUUCUCUGAAAAUUCUCAAUUUUCCCAUUUUCAGCGAGCGGCGCCACCGAUGGGGCUCCCGAUUCUGGUGAGUUUCUUCAUUUUUUGUUGAAUAGAAACCUACUUUCACACCAAAACAAAAAAAAAAAUGGUGGGGGGAUUUCUCGGGGCCAUUGCCAAUCGAUUCGAGACUCUUUACAACGGCUGGAGGCCUCUCCGGCGGCCGACAAAAGCCAGCUUUUGCUCUCGAUCGACCCCCGAGAACGCCUUUCAGAAUCGCAAACAGAUCUUUACAAGAAAUAAAGGAAAAAAAGAGUAGAAUUUAUUCUUUACUUAUUCCAAAAUUGAGUUUAUCAAAAUUUUACCGCUUUUUAAACCUUUUCCUGUGUCUUGAAACAUGAAAUUGAUGGAAAAUGCUGAGUUCUUCGGUUAAAUUCUAACCUAUUUUCUGAAAAAAACAAGGUUUUUUUCUUGAACUUUUUAGUGUCUCAAAACAAAAAAAAUGAACAGUAUAUACUGCAAAAAUCAGUUUAAAGUCUUUAAAAAAAGUUAAAUUCCGGCCUAUUUUUAAGGGAAUUUAGCUUACCGAAGAAUUUUUGAUAAUUCUGACCCUUCGAACCGAAAAAAACCCGUUUUCCAUUCAUUUUUUGAGUUAGAAGAUGGAAAAUAGAAACUUUAAAAUUUAAAAUUUUCUUCAGGCGAUUUAUCUAAGAUUCACGUAGUUAAUUUGAAUGGAUGAAUUGAAAAAAUUGAGAGAUUUACUGAAAAUUUAGGGUUUUUAGGACAGAUGAAGCUAUAAAUUCCAGCCGAUGCUUCAAAAAAAAAAAUCAUUUUACAUGAAUUCAUAAAGUAGCCAUAAAAUUGUUAGGAAAGGGUAGGAAAGCCCAAAAAAUCGAUAUUCGUACUUGCAUAUUGCAUCAAAAAUAUUACUUGAACCUUUCAAUAACUAUUUUUGAAAAUUCGAAAUUUUACACGCUUUUUCCUCUUGGUAGACUAUUUUUCAAGGCUGUAAAUCUAAUUUCCCUUUAGGGGUCACUAGAAAAAGUACCUUAAUCACUUUCUUUUGAAGGCACAACUCAGAAGAAGGAGACGGCCGAGGAGGGCUUCACCAACGAAGACGGAUCCGUCGUCGUCUCGAAGAAAAUGACCCGCGUCGUCACCACGACUCGUACCACCAUCCCAGGUAAAUAAUCAUACCUUUAAAAUGAUUCUCAUUUUUAUUUUCAACUUUAGUAUUCAUAACUUUCAUUUUUCCCAGACAAGAGCAUGAAAAUUUCUUUUUUGUUAAGUUUCAGGUAAAUUUUAGGCCAAAUUAGGGGUCUCUGCUUAUCAUAGUCUAUUCUUUCAAGCUUGUCCGAUUUUCGCUCUAAAACUGGCUUAAAAAAGCGUUGCAGUCAAUAUUAUUUGGUUCGUUAGGGCGCACUUGAACCCUUCAAAGGCGAUUUUUUAUUACUCGAUUAUUUUUCUGAUGAAUUUUCGCGGUCAAAGUCGUAUUUUAAAAAAGAAAAAUUGUAUUGAUUUAAGCUAAACUUGUUGUAUUGUGCAAAAAAUCCUCUUGAAAGAAAGCUUGAUUCAAAUUUAUUGCUCUCCGGACCUAAAUCGAAAGAGAAAAAAUCUGUUUUCCGUUGCCCCUUGGCACAUCUGUUCGAUUGUUUACCUCAAGAAAAAGCGGAAAAAAAGAAGGAAAAACUCAAAUUUUUCGUGAUUUUUUUCAAAACUUCAUGACCUCAAAAACCACAAAACUCUUGGUGAAAAGCUUCAAAAACCCUUUUUCUUUGAGAGAUGGAAACUAGUUGAAAAAUGCCAGCUUUUCCUAUUUUUAAGUUGGAAAAAUAGUCUAUUUAACUUAUUUCUAGGCCUUCAGAUUUCAAUUUUCAAACAAUAUUCCGAAAAAUGCUCAUUUUUACACUUCACUUUAUUUGUUGGACGUCGACCGCUUCGAAUUUUUCCAAAAAGAAACAAAAAUUUGCCUUCGAACCUUGAAAAAAUACAAAAACUCAUGCCGUGUUCAAAGUGAUUCCGCGAAAUUCAAAAUAGCCGUCAGAGAAAGAGAAAGAUAACUAAAUUUUGGAGGGUCAGAGACCAUUUUGCAUUUCGCGGAAAUUACUUUGAACACGGCAUCAGAGAAAAUUUGAGAAAAAAUCUGAAAAUUAGAGGGUUCUUAUAAAAUUUUCAGAUACUUUCCUUAUAUAUACGUUCUAAAAACGAUCCUUUUUAACGAUUUUUCAAAAUUAAUUCUCAAUUUUUUUCAGGAGAAGAGCCGUCGGCACCUGGUGAGUAACCGUGGCAGCGUGACUCCGCCUCGACCAAAAAAAUUCGCAACAAAAUUCUCCCUCGAUUUAUUAUAAUUUUACAUUUACUUAUAUAUUUUUCUUGCUACUUGAACAUAUAAAAUGAAAAAUGUAUAUCGUUGAAAGAUUGAAAAAAAUAAAAAAACGGCACGGAUUAAAUUUUCUUGCACAUAUUAGUUUUCUCUUUGUGUUGUCCGCUUUAGUUGUUUCUGUUCUUUUUUUUUUGGUUUGCAAGAAAUCUUCAAUUUUCUACCUGGAGGUGCACGAAAAACGAGAAAAUGCGACGUUUGGAGACGCUCUACACACACAGAAUAUGUACACCGCCGAUCAAUGAAUAAAGUUAUUUGAUUGGAAAAAAAAAUAUUCGUCGUUUCGUGUUGGUUUUUCGUUGUGAAAGUGGUUUUCUGAAGCAAAAAGAAUAGUUCAUUCAUCGUUACUUAUAGAGGAAAAUUUGUACCAUUUAAAAAAAAUAGAUAUUCAAGUUUGACCAUGAAAAUUUAUGCAUUAUGAGUCAUUGGAGAGAGAAGUUAGAGACCGAAACAACUGAAGAGAUAUUAGAGAAGCAAAGUUUCUCAAAGCUAGCGAUGAAUGAAAUUUUAUUCAAAAAAAAAGAUUCUUCCUCUUUUUUCUGAUUUUUUUUCUGGGACGGGUGCAUGUUCAUUUUCAGUUUGAUUCUUGAACCAAAAAAUAUUUCUUGAAGAUUUUUUCUCUGGAAAAAAUUCAAUGAGUAAGGUUGAAAAAAACAAGUAAAGUGACCUAAAAAAAUCAUUUUAUAAGUCCGAUUUUUCGAGUAUUUACCAAUUUUUUUAUCAUAAGUAUUUUCGAAAAAAAAAUUUUUUUAAGGCUCGACAAUUUUUUUCGAUGUCACCAAAAAGAAAAAAAUUCCAUCUUUUUCAUUCAGAAAUAUUUACGGAAAAAAAUUUUUUUCGAAGAUUUAAUUAUUUCAUAUUUAUAUCCUUUAAAUUUAUCGAAAGCAAUUUUUUUGAAUGAAUUCGUUCAAAAUUUGAAAAACGCUGAUUUUUUUCAGUUUUUCCCGCUCAAUUUUUGACUUUCAAGAUGAAAAAAAUAAAUUAUUUAAAAAUCAUUCUGUGAAAAAUAAAAAAACCUGCUUGCAAGCUUUUUCUCUGUGUUGUCUGCACCCUCACUUCUCAUAAAAUCUCUCAACGAUAUACAUUUUUUUCACCAAAAUCGAGUGAGAAUUUUCGAAAAAUCCUUCUGUGGUUUUUAAAGGAACUUACAAGGAUUUUUUGCAUAAAAACGGGAAAAACGAAGCUUGGUUCCUUCAAACAACUACAGAACGGAAUUUUGAGCAUGAAAUCUGAUGAAAUCCAAAAACCAAGCCAAUUGCAGAGUCACCGACGGAAUCGUUGGGCUCGGUGAAGGAGCGGAUCGCCAAGUUCGAGAAGCUGCAGAAGAACGAGCCGAAGGCGUCGGAAUCUUCCGGCUCUCCGGACCGACUUUCCGUCGACAUCGUCAUCACUCCGCACACUCCAGUUCCGCCGGAGGUUGACGACGACGACGACUUCCAAGCCCAAGAGCCUCUUCCUGCUACCGAAGAGUCCAGUUCCCAUGCCGAGCUGAAGCAGUCACCGCCGUCGUCCGUCGGCUACAACGAGGUCGAGGAGCAGCGCUACAUCUCCGAGCUCGUGAGUUCUGAAACGACACGACACGACGACGUUCCGACUCCAGCGACGAGAAAGUCCAUUCCUUUUGAGUACAUCUCUGAGACGACGUAUAGCCAUAGUAGGCCGGGUAGAGAUGUUGGGGAAGGCGAGGGAGAAGAACGACAUGAAGACGUGACUACUGAAACUACGGAACGACAUAGUCCAGAGGUUGAGCAGGAUCUCCCUCACAGACUCACUCCCGAAGAACGACAAACUGGUAGCCAUUCUUCUGAGCAUGAGUUGUCUGAACGACUUGAAGGCGUUUCUGAACACGACUACGCUGAAAAACAUGAAGAUCGACGUCAAAGCCAUGUCUCCCAGCAAGGCUUUUCAGAACUACAUAGUCCAGAGGUUGAGCAGGAUCUCCCUCAAAGAAUAACUCCUGUAGAACGACAAACUGGUAGCCACGCUUCCGAGCAAGACUUCUCAGAACGCCCAGAAGUUGAUCACGACUACACUGGGCAAUCUGAAGAUCGACGUCAAAGUCAACCCUCUGAGCAAGGCUUCUCAGUUGAGCAUGAACUUUCUGAACGACACUCCGGAAGCCAUGCUCCUGAGCAAGACUUCUCAGAACGACCUGAUCACGUUCCUGAGCACGACUACUCUCAAAAAUCCACUCCAAAACGACGAGAAAGUCAUGCUAGUGACCUUGAAACUACAGCUUUUGACCAAAGACGACCGAGCGAUGAGCAUGAAACGACUUCCAGAAGGCUUAGCCAUGAAGACUAUCCAGAACGACUUGACGACGUGGUAA